GAGAUACGGAGGUAAUAACAAAUGCACCUUGCAUUCGACCUUCCUCUUUCAAAUAAGCCCUCACCCAGCCCCAAAUCUUCUCAUAUAAGGACGAAUAAAGAAAGUGUGUAGCAAUACGUGAAGAUCGCUGUAUACACGAUUCUAAAUUCGAAUUGAUCGGACAUAUGGAAAUUUAUCGUACGCGGAAAAAUGUGACAGAGAUUAAGGAAGGUUAUCGGUACGGAGGCGAGAAAAACAUGGAUUGAAGUUGUAUAUAAGGUCAGUCGAUCAGUCGGAUCGUCAGUGUGAAGAGGUUCAAACAGCAGAAAAGAUGUUCAUUAAAUUCUUUACGUUUCUUUUGCUGCUCGCCAUCGUUAGCUCGAUGAGCAUCCACACGGGCUACAGAAGAUCUUACGAACCUGAUUUAUCUGAAGCAAGGAAAUGUAUACCGGAUGCAAAUUACUAUGAUGGAUGCAAUUGGUGCACCUGUUAUGAAGGAGGAUUUAUCGGCUGCACUCGGAAAGGGUGUCAAACAUACAAUGCCGAAACUGGCAGGUUUGAAACACCCAAAGAGUUACCACCCCCAGACAAUUUCUGGGAAAAGAAUGAAUCUAAUUAAUUACGACUACUUAUCGAAAUAACGUGUGCUUGAACGUAAAAGAAGAAAUUGAUUGCAACUUUGUGUAUUAUUUCAUUGAUGUAUGUAACUAAGUUAGAAAAAUAAAAAAUUUA